UCAGUGUAUUCAUUUUACUUUGAGUACGUUUAUUCUUCAACAUGAAUAAAAAUAUUAUUGUAUUAUUCAUCAGUGCUUUAAGCAUUCUUCAGGUGAUUGCAGAAACAAUUGAUAAAUGUACUCUUGCGCAAAAUUUAUUGGACGCUGGAGUAUCACGGAAUCUUUUGGAUGAUUGGGUAUGUGUGGCCGGUAGCGAAAGUAGUUACAGAACACAUAUCGUAACUGGACCAAAUAAAAAUAAGAGCUACGAUUAUGGUUUAUUCCAAAUCAAUAGUAAAUGGUGGUGUAAAAGAGAUGGUGCAACUUCACAUAAUGGAUGCAAUGUUAAUUGUGAUGAUUUAUUAAACAACGUUCCAAAAUCAAUUGAAUGUGCUCUUAAAGUAUACAAUUCAUCCAAAAAUAAGUUUGCUGCAUGGUACGGUUGGAGAAACAAAUGUAAACCACCAAAUGAUUCAAUGAAAAAUGACAUUUCACAAUAUUUAAAAACAAAAUGUGGAUUGUAAUUCGAGUCGAUUAAAGAAUGUUUUUAUAUUUUUAA